AUAUAAUCAGUUAUGAUCUUUGUGUUCCUGAACAGUGUACAGCCAUGUCCAUGGGCAAUGAAGGAGAGGAUUUGGGAGCAGUGUUAUCACGUUUCUCUCCUCUGAUUGAAGAUGUUGCCUAUAUUGAAAGUGGGCCAAGAGUGGAGAAGAAGCAGGCAUAUAUUGUUGUCAGGCAUGUUAAGUUCGGUCCAUCAAAGAAGGGUUCAGGAAAGAAAGUGUUAAAAGAAUGCAAAACUGCCAGUUCUGAAGAAGAUGCAGCAUCUCAAAGUUCUUUACAAUUGGAUGAAAACUGUGAUGCUGCUGAAUCUAGUGUUGAAAGUGACGAUGAUAGCUGUCAAGAAGAAAUGACUGAUGAAGAUGUGGAUGACAAAAGAUCAGAUUGGAGAGUAUCUGGUGCAAAAGGUGAUUCCAGAAAGGUUUUUGAUUUUGUGGAGGGCGAAAAUGUAGGUGCUAGAACUCCAAGUUUUACAAAUGUUUCUUCAGAUUUUGGACGUGCGAGAUCUGUACAUGAUUCUUCUCGAACUGAAGCAGCUGGGCCUUCAUUUGGAGGGCAAAGUAGUUUCAGAAGAGAAUUAGGGAACACAGUGCAGGCUCCGUCAGGGGAAGAAAAUAGGUAUCAAAGAGACCCUAGAAACUCAUCCGUACCUACCAAAUCAGCUCCUAGUAGCACCCCAAGUUCAAGGAGCACAAUGACAGUGGACAACCUAUCUGAUAUAGGAAGGCAACUGCCACUGGAUAGGAGUGGCUCGUCACAUACUAGAGACCUUGGAUCUCAGUUGCUGAGGAAGUCUCCUCUUAAUGGGUCUCCGGAGCAACAUCCUUCUCAUUCUGGUGUUCGAAGUUCUCCAUCCUCUGGUUUUGGUAUUUUUAGCUCUGCACCAGCAGACAGGACUCCUAGCAAGGAGAGCAAUGUUGCUACAGAAAAUAGGUACAAGAAAAGUGAGCAGUUUAAUUCUGGAAGGAACUCUAGUGCUUCAGAUCCUAGAGGUUUACAUAUGGUUAAUCCCCCAGGUAGAAGACCUGAUCUUGGUAAGAGGGAUGGUCCAGGGAAAUACCCGAUCUUUAGUGAGAGCUCGAAGUGAUCCCAAACCAGAACUCUGGAAACUCAACACUAAGUUGCAGAAAUUAUAUGGUGUGCUUCCAAAUUUAGUUUCUACAUUUUGAGCAGAGCAAGUAAUCUGUUUUACACCUUUUUUAUUUUAUUGAUGAGAUGCAUCUGACGUGCAGUACGUCUUAGGCUGAUUUGUUCUUUUACCGUGUCAGCCGUGCCUCAGAAUACCAGAAAUGUCUGGUAAGCCUUUCAUUCUUUUGAAUAUUUGGGAUUUCUUCGAGAUAUACUGGGGGAGGGGGAGGGGUAGGAGAGGGGAGGGUAUAGGGGUUGUAAUAAAAAGUUUAUGAGAUCUUUUUUGUCCUGCUGUUGCAAAAUAUUGCAUUUUGGAGUUGGUUUGCGUACAGUGGACCUGAGGCCUUCAGAUCCGGUGGUGCAUACUGGAGUCUCCUCAUCAAUUUGUUUGUAAUUCGAUACAUUAACAUUUAGUCUAAUAUCUUGAUAUCUUUAUUAGAUGAAAUGUUAUUCUUAGUUCCUCCAGAACAAUGAAAAUAUACUUCCUCUGUUUCAAAUUAGCAGUCUUACUUUUCUUUGUAA